UUCGCUGACGUCUAAACUCGUUUGCAUCACAGAGACCCAUAAAUUCAUUUAUGUACAAACCCACGAACGGAGAAGGAAAGAGAGGGAAUCAGGGGAUCAUAAAAUAGAAGAAAAGUGAAGCUGGGUGCUGUCAAAAGAUGGUGGAAAGCGCAAAAGUUGUCACUUGAUAGGGGGAGAGAGAGAGAGAGAGAGAGAGGGAGAAUCUCUUUGUCUUAUGGACUGCCCGAGGAGGAAGACGAAGAAGCUUUGCGUUGAAGGAGGAGGAGACGCCUCAAUUCCCCAUUCUGCCCCUGUAUUGUUGCGCCCCACCAAACCGUGCCUGCUCCUCUGUCGCAACCGCUGCCGCCAUCAUCUUCGGGGGCUGAGGAAGUUUCAAACCCAAUGAAACGAUCCGGGUUCUCCGUACAGUCUCUGUGCCUGCUGCUCUUGCUCUGCUUCAACUACCCGAUUGGAAUAUUAUCACUAAAAGGAUUCGCUGGCACAUAUGGGAUAAAUUACGGGAGAAUCGCUGAUAACAUUCCCUCCCCUGAUGAGGUCGUGAGGCUUUUGAAAGAGUCGAAGAUCAGAAAUGUCCGUAUUUAUGAUUCAGAUCACACAGUCCUCGAGGCAUUCAGUGGGACUGGGCUCAAUCUAGUUGUUGGGCUCAACAACGGCCUUUUGAAGGACAUCAACUCGAGCACGGACCGUGCAAUGAGUUGGGUUCAGGACAAUGUCCAAGCUUUCCUCCCCGAGACCCGCAUACGUGGGAUUGCUGUUGGGAACGAGGUUCUGGGUGGGAGCAAUAACGAUCUCUAUGGGGCCCUCCUUGGUGCAAUGAAGAACGUGCAUGGUGCCCUCAAGAAGCUCAAAUUGGAUGAUCAGAUCCAAAUCACUACUGCCCAUUCCCAAGCCGUUUUCUCCAACUCUUAUCCUCCCUCUUCGUGCCGGUUCAAAGACGAUAUCAACGAGUUCUUGAAGCCCAUGCUUGAGUUUUUCCAGGACAUCGGGUCUCCUUUUUGCUUAAAUGCUUACCCAUUCCUCGCCUACAUGGGUGAUCCUGAGAAUAUUGAUGUUAAUUAUGCAUUAUUCCAAUCGACUGAUGGGAUCUAUGAUCCGGUAAAGGACUUGCACUAUGACAAUAUGCUUGAUGCUCAGAUAGAUGCAGCUUAUGUUGCUUUAGAGUCUGCAGGCUACAAGAAGAUGGAAGUUAUAAUCACGGAAACAGGCUGGGCCUCGAAAGGGGACAGCAAUGAGGCUGCUGCUACAGUUAGUAAUGCAAGGACGUAUAAUUAUAACUUGCGGAAGAGGCUUGCUAAGAGGAAAGGGACUCCCAUGCGGCCCAAGAGCAUUUUGAAAUGCUAUGUAUUUGCAUUGUUUAAUGAGAACCAGAAGACUGGUCCCACCUCUGAGAGGAACUUCGGCCUUUUCAAGCCCGACGGGAGCAUUGCAUAUGAUAUAGGAUAUCGUGGGCUUAGUUCAUCGGCUGCCUCUUUGAAGGAUCUCCAGGCUCGAUACUAUCUCUGUUCGCAUGCCAUUACAUUAGCAGCUUCUGUGACUGUGUUGCUUCUGCUCAGAAGAUUGCUUUAAGAUCAGGGUGGUUCUAGGUUGGUUGCUCUCGUUAUUAUUUGAGAGUACAGCAAAUACGAAAGAUAUUGCUUAUUCCUCAUAGAUGCUCCAUAGAGAAACGCGGAGAAUUUUGGUCUCAGCUGAUGUAAAUGUCAUGAUAGACAGAUUCAAACCUUAUCAUCAAUAUGAAAGCAUUGCAAGUAUUUAAUCAAAAAUAUGAAAGCAUCUCAAGUGGGUUUGGUCCUC